UCCUUUCCCCGCCAACUCGGCUCAGCACGCUGCCCGGCUGGCUGCAGCACCCCGAACCCGCAGGCAGGGAGCGCAGCCGCCCGGCCAGCCCCAGAGCCCGCCCCCCGCAGCAGCUUUACAGGCACCAGUCGGCUCGAAUGAAUUAAUGUCCCGGCGCUAGGCGGCCGGGGAGGGCAGGGGCUGUACCCAGGAGCUUGCGCACGGACUGGAGUCGGCCUUGGAGCCGUUGCUGCAGCGGGGAGCCGGCCCGCUCUGCUGGAGCCAGGGGAACCGGCUCAGGUGGCUGGAGUCGGCGUGGGAGCGGCCGCUGCGCAAAGGAGGCGGCUCGGGUGGCAACAGAGAGCUCGGCAUGACCCUCAAGUCGAGCCGGGGCCACAGUGUGAACAGCAUGCGGACGGCGCUCUCCGACCUGUACCUGGAGCACCUGCUGCAGAGCCGGCCCAAGCCUGAGGCCGUCGUGUAUCCAUCAAACACUGUGACCGAGGACAUCUACACCAACGGCUCAGCCAUGCUGGGCAGCCCGGCUCACAUGAACAGCCGGGAGGUGCGCAAGAUCCGGCUGGUCCAGUUCGAGAAGGUCACCGAGGAGCCCAUGGGAAUCACACUGAAAUUGAAUGAGAAGCAGAGCUGCAUGGUGGCCAGGAUUCUCCAUGGAGGCAUGAUACAUAGACAAGGCUCCCUUCAUGUGGGUGAUGAGAUCAUAGAAAUCAAUGGGCAAAGUGUGAGCAACCACUCGGUCGACCAGCUGCAGAAGAUGCUGAGAGAAGCCAAGGGGACGGUCUCAAUAAAAGUCAUCCCCAACCAGCAAAGCCGCCUCCCUGCUCUACAGAUGUUCAUGAGGGCCCAGUUUGACUAUGACCCCAAGAUGGACAGCCUGAUCCCCUGCAAGGAGGCAGGGCUGAAGUUCAAGACAGGGGACAUCAUCCAGAUCAUCAACAAGGAUGACAGCAACUGGUGGCAGGGCCGGGUAGAAGGGUCCUCCACGGAGUCAGCAGGGCUAAUCCCCUCCCCUGAACUACAAGAAUGGCGUGUGGCUAGUAUAACCCAGUCCAGUCAGAGUGAAGCCCAGAGCUGCAGCCCCUUUGGGAAAAAGAAGAAGUGCAAAGACAAAUACCUGGCCAAGCACAGCUCAAUUUUUGACCAGUUGGAUGUGAUUUCAUAUGAGGAGGUGGUGAGGCUGCCAGCCUUCAAGAGGAAGACCCUGGUGCUGAUAGGUGCAAGCGGGGUAGGUCGUAGCCACAUUAAGAAUGCCCUGCUCAGCAAGAACCCGGAGAAGUUUGGGUAUCCAGCUCCAUACACCACACGUCCCCAGAAGAAGAACGAAGUGGACGGGAAGGACUAUCACUUCAUCUCCACUGAGGAGAUGACCAGGGACAUCUCCACCAAUGAGUUCCUGGAGUUUGGGAGCUACCAGGGAAACAUAUUUGGCACCAAGUUUGAAACAGUGCAUCAGAUCCACCAGCAGGAUAAAAUCGCCAUCCUAGACAUUGAGCCCCAGACCCUGAAGAUUGUGCGCACUGCCGAGCUGUCCCCAUUCAUUGUCUUCAUCGCGCCAACAGACCAGGCCAAUCAGUCGGAGGCCUUGCAGCAGCUACGCCAGGAGUCGGAGAUCAUUUGCAGCCGCUACGCACACUACUUUGACCUGUCACUAGUCAACAACGGUGUGGAUGAAAGCCUCAAGCUGCUACAAGAAGCUUUUGAGCAGGCCUGCAGCUCACCCCAGUGGGUACCUGUCUCCUGGGUCUACUGAGCAGUUGUCCAACCCUGGCAGCUUCCUGUUACUCCCAUCCUGCAGAAUGGAAUGGUGGGAAACCCCUGAUCUACAUAGUGCAACACCCAGUCCCCUUUCCUUUUAACGUUCUAUGGCCCCAAUCUCACUUGGUCUAUUAUGCACAGGGUAAGUGCAGGGAUCUCCAAGCUCAAGCCACCAGUCCUUGUGCAUCAGCACUACUGUAGUGUGAAGCCUUCUCCCUGGCAUGUUGUUUGGGGGAGAAAUUCUAUUUUAUCUUAGGGGUUGCAUCCUAGUGCUACACAGGUGGGGCUAUAUAGCAUCCCUCCACUCAGCAACACUCCUACUGAUCACACAGGGAUGCUUUCCCAGUGACUGAGGGGGAAAAUAGGGGCCUGCUCCAGUAGCUAUUUUGCACUGUGCUUCACUCUUGAGGAAGACAGGAUGAAGGCACUUCUAACACCAUCAGCUCGGAAUCUUAUUUGGCCAUUUGCACAUUGUUAUCUGAUGCAGCUGGGCAGAAUGCACUGUUUGAAAAUCCUGGCCCUAGGCUUCAGAGUCUGCACAUGCUUGAGCCAAGGGGGCAGUUCAGAUUACACAGAGCUGUUCUUUCAGGCUAAGCCAGUGCUACCACAGCUUGUAUUCCAAGGGUUUUCUUCACAACCAGAAGGGCUAAUUAUUUUUAACUGUGAGCUGGAGUUGGUCACCCCAGGGGCUGGUCUUCCAUGCUGGAUGUGUGGAGUUCCUGUGCAGUUAUAACUUGACACCUCUGACCAUAGACACCACUAAGGCAACAAUGAUUAAAAUAACCCCUGGAGUCAGUAAAUUAGAUUGUCUGGACCCAAUCAUCUAUCCAUUACAUUACAUAGCAACAAGAGAGACUAUCCAGGCACAUUCACUGUGUCCAAGGAGUGCACCUACUCCAUACGUGCACAUACCCCAACCUCCACUUGUGGGGCUGCUUAAGCCCAAGACCCCCUCUGGUGCCAGAACUAAGUGUUGCCAGCAGGAUAGUGCUAGGGGCCCCUUUGGAGCAGCAAUUCUUCAAACCAUAAUCAAUGUCUAGCUCAAAGGACCUUUUUGUGUGCUUUAUUGUCAGGAAGGGUAGAGGGAAAGGGGAUUAACAUGUCUGAAAUCUACAAUUUUUAAGAAUGCCAAAAAACCUGAUAAUGUGCAAUAGGGACCUUUAUUCUAGUCCACUGCAGGGAAACACCACAUAGCAAUAAAAGUGUUGAAGUGGUUGCUUGGUUUCAUAGUUUGUACUGAGCUCAAUAGGUCACUGCAGCAUCUGUCCAAUGAAGUGCUCCCCAAGGAAACAGCUGAACUACAGUGAGGUAUUCCCUGCCCUUAGGACACUGCCAUCUGAGCUGCACACCUCUCUGCCCUUCAAGAGCAGAAAAGCUACAGGACUGCUCCACACUGGCCCUUAAAGGGGCAGGGAAUCACUGCUCAAUUUAUUCUCUGACACAGGACCAGCACAAGCUGGCUUUACUCCCUACACUUAACAAGAGCACUCACCCCUGCCCCUUUCCCUCCCACCAAACAGCAAAAGUCAGCCUUAUUAUGAAGGAAGUUAGGGCAAAGCCAGCAAUAUGCAUGUGUGGGUUGGUUCACAAACAGUCUCAGUGCCCUUUUAAAGGAAUAGGGCCUUCCAAUGCAAAAAUCCCAUGUUCCAAGCUGGCCAAGGUAGGUGCUGACCAAAACAAAUUGGUAAUUUAGUCAGUUCCUAUUAGAAGAUUCCAGAGCAGUACCAUCAUUACCUUUGCAAUCAGUCCUAGCAGCCAGCACCAACCAUCCUCUCCCCUGCAGCUCCUUCUCCCUGGGAAAGGAGGCAUAACUAAGGACAGAAUGGGGAAGAGGCCUGUCUCCUAGUAGCCCCCACCUCAAUGCAGAGUUGGCCAAUUAACUGAAGCACUGCCUCCUACCCAGCUUGAACAGCAACAAGUCAACACUUGAAAAAUAGUUUAUUUGUUUACUUUUUAUUAAAAAAAAAACUAAUAAAAAUCACAACUUUCUUUUCCCUUAAAUCCCUGACAGCCCCCAGCUGUGCUCACCACAUGUGUGUCUCCCUAGUACUGGAGAAGGGGAAAAAAGAGCAACACACAGUUAGGCAACUUUAGGCCUUUACUUCAGAUGGUAUUUGCUCAAUGCAGAGCAUCCUACCCCUCCCUGAAGGGGUUAAAAUAGGUAUAGGGAUAAAUCCAGUCACCCAGUAGCACCAGCAACCCACCACCUCCUGCCCGUGAGGCACCCCAGCAAGAGAACCUCGGUGCUUUGUUUGGAACAGACCAUCUGCUGCCCACAGCACAUUCAGCUUCAGCCAGCCGAGGGCUGGUGCCAAAGGCCUCCAAUCGCCAUACGCACUACCAUUUAGAGAACACAUGACCAGCCGACAUUUUCCAGAUCAUACAGGGCCUCUGGGCCCAGAGAUCUGUCCUGUCUCUCCAUUCCAGAAUUGAUUACGUGCCAAUACUGGGAAGGAGGGCUGAGGCAGUGGUGGACAUGGCCGUCAGAACAUGUAAAUGGGAGUUUGAUGAACAGCAAAUGGAGCCAGGUCCCUGCACUUUGAAACAAAAUGGGAGAAACCUCAAGUACAAAUUCUAAGCCUACACAAACUGAAAACAUGUACCUAAAACAUCUACCCUCCUGGGGGAGACACUGGGACUUGGCUAGUCGAGACUCAAGCCAAGCACUGCAAUUUAAAACCAAAGAACUUAAAAUAGCCAGUGUGAUCAUCCAGACCCCGGACGCUGCUCCAAGAGGGCGAGUGGCUCAGGCCAAUUCCUUCAGCUGUAAGAACAUUCUCUGUCAGGGUAAUGGCUCCCGGACCCACGAACAGAAGGAAAGGCAGGACUAGGAAGGGAGGCAUUAUCUCCAUUUGUGGAAAUAGCUCAAAACACUGGAGGUUAGGAGGGCCCAUGUUUAGCAGAAGCUGCUGGUUCUCUGAGAAGAGUUUUAUACAUAUCGAGGCAACCAGCUUAGCAGAGCAGAGUCCAGUGCAGUGAGUAAGUUUUACACUCUUCCCUCCAGCCACCCUUAAAACAGGAUGAGGAGAGGCUUAUGGUGAGCUUGCUGAGCCACACUGCAGACAUGCUUUUGUUUGUGUAAGCAACGGAUUAGAAGCCUCAUCACCCUUCUGCAGGCAGUGUUUCUGCAUUGCUGGGGAAUAGCUUUUGUUAUUUCUGUCUUCCAUCCAAAGCAGAUGGCCUUGUCUGGCUGGGAGGGAUCUAGCCACUUACUCCGAGCUCUCUUCAGCUUGCUUUUGUUUCUUCUUCUUCUUCUUCUUCUUGGUGCUGGUGUCACUGGCCUGCAGAGAAGAUGGAUCUCAGGAAGGGUGUCUGGGAAGGAAUCACUGCUGAUUUGUGACACCUUUCAGCAAGGACUAAUGAGGUAUUUAUAUAAGGAUUCAUCUUAACUACCCCCCAGGAGCUCUCAUCCAUGAGGGAAGAGUGACAUACCAUGCUGACACUCCCCUAUCCAAGGCUCCCCAAAACAAAAUCUGCCUGGCAGGGUAAUUACCAACAUGCAAUGCACCAAGUCCAGGAGCAUGUACACUGGAGAAGCAAUUGCCACUCCACACCAAUAGGCAUCUAGCCUGGUGCUCUAUCUCCAACUGUGCACUACUCCAGAGGCACCAGAAGAAGGCAUAAUAAUCUCUGCCAGACAAUUGUGAAAAAGAUACCCCAGGAGCAGAUUAUUCCUAACCCAUUAAACAAGGGCAGUCUGUAACAGCCCCUUCCACACCCUGCCCUACAGAUUAAUCUGUUUAUCCAUGGCAGGCCAGCCCCCAGGGACAGACAAUGGUGCCAACUAAGCUUAGCUAUAUUGAGGCGGCUUGCAGUGAUGUAACUCUAUACUGAUGGGGGAAAGCAGCGACCUACAUGGACAAAUUAAAUAGGUGUCUCAGGGUUUGUAAGUAUCACUAAGAGGGGUGUACAAGUAAUGCAGUGCAGCCACACUCCUAGCUCUGCAGCACCAUCAAGCUACCUACCACUUCCAUUAGCUCCCCUCCGCUCUCUGCAGCUUCUUUGGCUUUCUUCUCUUUUUUCUUCUUUUUCUUUUCCUUCCUGCUCUGCUCCUCUGGUUGCGGAGUGGCCGGAGAGGAUGGA